CCCGCACAGCCCGCGGCCCCUGGCCCGCCGUUGCUGUCCCCGGGUCUCGCGGGGGCUGUGGGGGUCCCAGCCGAGGAAGCCAUCGUGCUGGCGAACCGCGGGCUCCGGGUACCCUUCGGCCGUGAGGUCUGGCUGGAUCCGCUGCAUGACCUGGUGCUACAGGUGCAACCGGGGGACCGCUGCUCGUUGGUCGUGCUGGACAACGACGCGCUGUCCCAGCGGCCCGGCCGCCUGAGUCCCAGACGCUUCCCCUGCGACUUCGGCCCCGGCGAGGUGCGCUACUCGCACCUGGGAGCGCGCAGCCCGUCGCGGGACCGCGUCCGUUUGCAGCUGCGCUACGACGCGCCGGGCCGGGCGGUGGUGCUGCCCCUGGUGCUGGAGGUGGAGGUGGUCUUCACCCAGCUGGAGGUGGUGACUCGGAACUUGCCCCUGGUCGUGGAAGAGCUGCUGGGGACCAGCAAUGCGCUGGAUGCGCGGAGCCUGGAGUUCGCCUAUCAGCCCGAGACGGAAGAGUGCCGCGUGGGCAUCCUGGCAGGUCUGAGCUCGCUGCCCCGCUACGGGGAGCUCCUCCACUACCCGCAGGUCCCAGGCACAGUGAGCGAAGGCGCAGCUCCCGAGCCUCUGCUCCUGGACUGCAAAGCCUUCCAGGAGCUGGGCGUACGCUACCGACAUACGGCCCCCAGCCGCUCACCCAACAGAGACUGGGUGCCCAUGGUGGUGGAGCUCCGCGCCCGGGGGACGCCUGUGGGCAGCCCUGCUUUGAAACGCGAGCACUUCCAGGUCCUGGUGAGGAUACUAGGAGGGACGGAGAACACGGCCCCCAAGCCGAGCUUUGUGGCCAUGAUGAUGAUGGAGGUGGACCAGUUUGUCCUGACCGCCCUGACCCCCGACAUGCUGGCAGCGGAAGAUGCUGAGUCUCCCCCGGAACUGUUGGUCUUCAACCUCACCUCGCCAUUCCAGCCGGGCCAGGGCUACCUGGUAAGCACGGAUGACCGCAGCCUGCCGCUCUCCUCCUUCACCCAGCGCGAUCUGCACCUCCUGAAGAUCGCCUACCAGCCCCCCGCGGAGGACUCCAACCAUGAGCGUCUCUUUGAACUGGAACUGGAAGUGGUGGACCCCGAAGGGGCAGCCUCAGACCCCUUUGCUUUCAUGGUGGUGGUGAAGCCCAUGAACACGUUGGCUCCAGUGGUCACCCGGAACACUGGCCUCGUUCUCUACGAGGGCCAGUCUCAGCCCCUCACAGGCCCUGCCAGCAGAGGGCCCCAGAACUUAGUCAUCAGCGAUGAGGAUGACCUGGAGGCAGUGCAGCUGGAGGUGGUUGCUGGACUUCGGCACGGGCACCUCGUCCUUCUGGGUGCCUCCAGUGGUCACUCUGCGCCCAAGGCCUUUACGGUGGCUGAGCUGGCCGCCGGCCAGGUGGUCUACCAGCAUGAUGACAAAGACGGCUCCCUGAGCGACAACCUGGUGCUUCGCAUGGUCGACGGGGGCGGCAGGCACCGGGUGCAGUUCCUGUUCCCCAUCACCUUAGUGCCAGUGGAUGAUCAGCCGCCUGUCCUCAAUGCCAACACAGGGCUGACCCUGGCAGAGGGUGAAACGGUGGCCAUCCCACCGCUCACGCUGAGCGCCACGGAUAUGGACUCCGAUGACUCUUUGCUGCGCUUUGUGCUGGAGCCGCCCUACUCCACGGCAGGGCAGCUGCUUCUCCGCCAGAGCCAACCUCCCCAGGAGGAGCUGGAGCUCACUAGGGGCCUGUGGAGCAAGCAAGGGGUGUUCUAUGAGCGCAUGGUGACAGAGUGGCGGCAGCAGGACAUUCUGGAGGGGAGGUUGUUCUAUAGGCACACGGGGCCCCAUAGUCCUGGGCCAGUCAUGGACCAGUUCAUGUUCAGAGUCCAGGAUAACCACGACCCCCCCAAUCAGUCUGGGCCGCAGAGGUUUGUGGUACGCAUUCAUCCGGUGGACCGUCUUCCCCCAGAGCUGGGCAGUGGCUGUCCCCUUCGGAUGGUGGUGCAGGAAUCCCAGCUCACAACACUGAGGAAGAAGUGGCUGCGCUACACUGACCUGGACACAGAUGACCGAGAACUGCGCUACACCGUGACCCAGCCACCCAUGGACACCGAUGAAAACCACUCGCCAGCCCCUCUGGGUACCUUGGUCCUGGCCGACAACCCCUCUGUGGUAGUGAGCCACUUUACCCAGGCCCAGAUCAACCACCAUAAGAUUGCUUACAGGCCUCCAGAUCAAGAACUGGGCGUAGCUGCCCGCGUGGCCCAGUUCCAGUUCCAGGUGGAGGAUCAACUUGGAAACAUGGCUCCAGGGAUCUUCACCCUUUAUUUGCAGCCGGUGGACAAUCGGCCACCUGAGAUCCUCAACGCAGGCUUCACCAUUCAGGAGAAGGGCCACCACGUCCUGAGUGAGACUGAGUUGCAUGCAACCGACGUGGACACUGACGCAGCUCACAUCUCGUUCACUCUCACUCAGCUUCCCAAGCAUGGCCACGUGCGAGUGUCUGGGCAGAGACUUCCUGUGGGUGGGACCUUCUACUUGGAAGACAUCAAGCAGGGCCGGGUUUCCUACACCCAUCAUGGGGACGAGUCCCUGACGGAUAGCUGCUCCUUGGAAGUCAGCGACAGACACCACGUGGUGCCCAUAACGCUCAGAGUGACUGUGCGGCCGGUGGAGAAUGAGGUAUCCAUACUGGGCCUUCCUGCUGGCAGACUGGGGUCCUAUCUGGAUGUUUUAGAAAAUGGGGCCACGGAGAUCACUGCCAGUAUUAUCAAGGGGACGAAUGAGAACACCGAUGACUUGAUGUUGACUUUCCUCUUGGAUGGUCCACCCUUGCUUGGGGAAAUCCUCGUCAAUGGAGCCCCCGCAGCGCACUUUACCCAAAGGGACAUCUUGGAGGGUUCUGUUGUUUAUGCUCACACGAGUGGGGAGAUAGGCUUAUUGCCCAAAGAGGACUCUUUUAACCUGAGUCUGUCAGAUAUGUCCCAGGAGUGGAGAAUGGGUGGCAAUAUUAUCCGAGGAGUUACUGUGUGGGUGACCAUCCUCCCUGUUGAUAACCAGUCUCCAGAAAUUUCUGUAGGUGAGCGAUUUGUAGUCAUGGAAGGGGAAAAGGGUGUUAUCACCGCAACCCAUAUAAGUGCUGAAGACCCUGACUCCCUGAACGAUGGCAUCUUGUGCACUAUAGUUAUUCAGCCCACCUCAGGUUACGUCGAAAACAUUUCUCCAGCACCUGGCUCUGAGAAAUCGAGGGCAGGAAUUGCCAUCAGUGCGUUCACCUUGAAGGAUCUCAGGCAGGGCCACAUUAACUAUGUUCAAAGCGUCCACAAAGGGGUGGAGCCUGUGGAAGACAGAUUUAUAUUUCGCUGUUCUGAUGGCAUUAAUUUUUCAGAUAGAAACUUUUUCCCCAUUGUUAUCCUCCCCACCAAUGACGAACAGCCGGAGAUGUUUAUGAGGGAGUUUAUGGUGAUGGAAGGCAUGAGUUUGGUCAUUGACACGCCCAUCCUCAAUGCUGCUGAUGCUGACAUACCCCCAGAGGACUUAACGUUCACUAUCACCCAGCCUCCCACACACGGUCACAUCCUGAACCAGCUCCUCAAUGGCACACUGUUGGUUGAAAGUUUCACCUUGGACCAGAUCAUAGAAAGUUCCAGCAUCAUCUAUGAGCACGACGACUCCGAGACUCAGGAAGACAGUUUUGUGAUUGAACUCACAGAUGGCAAGCAUUCUGUGGAAAAGAGGGUCCUCGUUCUUGUUAUCCCUGUGGAUGAUGAGACCCCCAGAAUGAUGAUCAAUAAUGGGCUAGACAUAGACAUUGGAGAAACCAAAAUGAUCAGCAACAGGGUUUUGAUGGCGACGGAUUUGGAUUCUGAAGACAAAUCCUUAGUCUACAGCAUUCGGUACGGUCCAGGGCAUGGCUUGUUACAGAAACAGAAACCCACAGGCACCUUUGAAAAUAUAACCUUGGGCAUGAACUUUACCCAGGACGAAGUGGAUAGACACCUCAUUCAGUAUGUCCAUUGUGGGCAAGAGGGCAUCCGGGACCUAAUUAAGUUUGAUGUGACGGAUGGAGUCAAUGCCCUCAUCGACCGCUAUUUUUAUAUCUCCAUUGGCAGCAUUGAUAUCGUCUUUCCCGACGUGGUAAGUAAAGGAGUGUCUUUGAAAGAAGGCGGCAAAGUCACCCUGACCACAGACCUACUAAGCACAAGUGACUUGAACAGCCCUGAUGAGAAGCUCGUGUUUACCAUCACCAGGGCGCCCAUGAGAGGCCACUUGGAGUGCACAGAUCAAUCCGGGGUGCCCGUCUCCUCGUUCACUCAGCUGCAACUUGCUGGCAACAAGAUCUACUACAUCCACACAGCGGAGGAUGAGGUGAAGAUGGACAGCUUUGAGUUUCAAGUCACUGAUGGCCGUAACCCUGUCUUCCGGACGUUCCGGAUCUCCAUCAGCGACGUGGACAACAAGAAGCCAGUGGUGACCAUCCACAAACUGGUGGUCAGCGAACGCGAAAGCAAGCUGAUCACCCCCUUUGAACUGACAGUGGAAGACAGGGACACUCCUGACAGCCUCCUGACCUUCACGGUCACUCAGGUGCCUGUCCACGGCCACCUCCUCUUCAACAAUACCAGGCCUGCCAGGGUUUUCACUAAGCAAGACUUGAACGAGAACUUAAUCAGUUACAAGCACGACGGCACCGAGUCAAGGGAAGACAGCUUCUCCUUCACGGUCACCGACGGCACCCACGCCGACUUCUACGUAUUUCCGGAAACCGUGUUUGAGACAAGGAGACCCCAGGUGAUGAGGAUCCAGGUCUUGGCUGUUGACAACAGUGCGCCCCAGAUUGCAGUGAAUAAAGGCGCCUCUACGCUCCGCAUGCUGGCCACUGGCCACGUGGGCUUCCUGAUCACCAGCAAGAUAUUGAAAGUGGAGGACAGAGACAGCAUGCACGUGGCUCUCAGGUUUACUGUGACUGAGGGCCCCAGGCACGGCUACCUCUUCAACCUGGCGCAAGGCAACCGCAGUGUCAUUCAGUUCACGCAAGCUGACAUUGAUGACACCAACAUAUGCUACGUCUUAAGAGAAGGGGCAAAUGCCACCAGUGACGCCUUCCAGUUUACGGUGGAAGACAGCGGUGGAAACAAGUUAACGAACCAACAGUUUUGUCUGAAUUGGGCAUGGAUCUCUUUUGAAAAGGAAUACUACCUGAUCAAUGAGGACUCCAAAUAUCUCGACAUCGUUCUCAAACGAAGGGGUUACCUGGGAGAAACCUCGUUUAUAAGUAUUGGCACAAGAGAUGGGACUGCGGAGAAAGACAAAGACUUCAAGGGCAAAGCUCAGAAGCAAGUGCAGUUCAACCCCGGCCAGAGCAGGGCCACAUGGAGAGUGCGGGUGGUGAGUGACGGCGAGCAUGAGCAAUCGGAGACCUUCCAGGUGGUGCUGUCCGAGCCCGUGCUGGCUGUGCUGGAAUUCCCCUCGGUGACCACGGUGGAGAUUGUGGACCCCGGAGAUGAGUCCACUGUAUUUAUCCCUCGGGCUGAAUACUUCAUUGAAGAAGAUAUUGGAGAACUGUUCAUCCCCAUCAGGAGAAGUGGAGACGUGAGCCAGGAAUUGAUGGUGAUCUGUUCCACGCAACAAGAACCAACGUUCUACUUCAGUGCUGUGGAGUACUCAGUGGACGAGCAUGCCGGCUCCGUGGAGGUGCAAGUGUGGAGAGCAGGCACCGACCUGUCCAGGCCGUCCAGCGUCACCGUGCGGUCUCGGAAGACAGACCCUCCCUCGGCUGAUGCUGGAACAGACUAUGUAGGAAUCAGUCAUAAUUUAGAUUUUGCACCGGGAGUCAACAUGCAGACUGUUCGUGUAAUUAUUUUGGAUGAUCUUGGACAACCAGUGCUGGAGGGAAUUGAGAAAUUCGAACUGGUGCUUCGGAUGCCUAUGAAUGCUGCCCUUGGAGAGCCCAGCAAAGCCACGGUGUGCAUAAAUGACUCUGUUUCAGAUGUACCUAAGAUGCAGUUUAAGGAACGAGUGUAUACUGGUGAUGAAAAUGCUGGGCAGAUAGUGGCAGGGAUCCGUAGGAGUGGGGAUAUCCAGUACCGGUCUUCUGUGAGGUGCUAUACACGGCAGGGCUCGGCACAAGUCAUGAUGGACUUUGAAGAACGCCCCAACACUGAUGCUUCCAUCAUCACCUUCCUCCCUGGUGAGACAGAGAAGCCUUGCGUCCUUGAGCUGAUGGAUGACCAGCUCUUUGAAGACGUAGAGGAACUCCGCCUGGUUCUGGGAUCUCCACUGAGCAACUCUCCUUUCGGGGCCGCCAUUGGUGCCCAGAACGAAACUCUGAUCCGGAUACGAGAUGACGCUGACAAGACUGUGAUUAAGUUUAGAGAAACCAAAUUUAGUGUCAGUGAACCCAAAGAACCAGGACAAUCGGUGACUAUAAGAAUCCCGGUGGUUCGCCAAGGAGACACAUCAAAGGUUUCCGUCGUGAGAGUCCACACCAAGGAUGGUUCAGCUACGUCCGGAGAAGACUAUCUCCCAGUAUCGGAAGAAAUCGAGUUCAAAGAAGGAGAAACCCUGCACCUGGUUGAAAUUGAAGUCAUCUUUGAUGGGGUCAGAGAGAUGAGGGAGGCCUUCACUGUCCACCUAAAACCUGAUGAAAAUAUGAUCGCUGAGACACAGGCAACUAAAGUUAUUGUGUACAUAGAAGAGAUGAACAGCAUGGCAGACGUCACGUUUCCGUCUGUUCCUCAAAUCGUGUCCUUGCUGAUGUAUGAUGACACUUCCAGAGCUAAAGGACAGGUGGAGCCCGUGUCUGGCUACCCUGUUGUCUGUACGACGGCUUGCAACCCCAAAUAUCCCGACUAUGAAAAGACGGGGUCCAUCUGUGUGAGUGAGAACAUCAACGACACUCUGACCCGAUACCGCUGGCUGAUUAGUGCCCCCACUGGCCCUGACGGUGUGACCAGCCCCAUGAGAGAAGUGGACUUCGACACCUUUUUCACUUCAUCCAAGAUGAUCACUUUAGACUCCAUAUACUUCCAGCCAGGCUCCAGGGUGCAGUGUGCUGCUCGCGCUGUGAAUGCCGACGGGAACGAAGGCCUGGAGCUAUUGAGCCCCAUCGUAACCAUCGGCAGAGAAGAAGGCAUGCUCCCCGUGGUCUCCACCCGAGAGCUGUCCAACUUCGAGCUGACCCUCAGCCCCGACGGCACAAGAGUUGGCAACCACAAGUGCUCCAACCUCCUGGAUUACACUGAAGUCAAGACUCACCAUGGCUUCCUGACGGACGCCACCAAAAACCCAGAGAUCAUCGGGGAGACGUAUCCGUAUCAGUACAGCUCCUCCAUCCGAGGGGCCAGCACCCUCCGCUUCUACCGCAACCUGAACCUGGAGGCCUGUUUGUGGGAGUUUGUCAGCUACUAUGACAUGUCUGAGCUCCUGGCUGACUGUGGAGGGACCAUUGGAACAGACGGGCAGGUCUUGAACCUGGUGCAGUCCUACGUGACCCUGCGGGUCCCCCUGUAUGUGUCCUAUGUUUUCCAUUCUCCCGUGGGGAUUGGAGGGUGGCAGCAUUUUGACCUGAAGUCCGAGAUGCGCCUGACCUUUGUGUACGACACUGCCAUCUUGUGGAACGAUGGCAUUGGCAGCCCACCCGAAGCUGAACUCCAAGGUUCUCUUUAUCCCACCAGCAUGCGUCUCAAUGAUGAGGGACGCUUGGUCGUGAACUUCAAGACAGAAGCUCAAUUCCAUGGCUUGUUUGUGCUGUCACAUCCCGCAUCCCUCACAAGCUCGGUGAUUAUAUCUGCUGACCAUCCGGGCCUCACCUUCUCCCUCCGCCUCAUAAGGAGUGAGCCAACCUACAACCAGCCGGUCCAGCAGUGGAGCUUCGUGUCCGACUUCGCAGUCCGGGACUACUCAGGGACCUACACCGUGAGGCUGCUGCCGUGCUCCACCCCACCGCAUCAGAGCUACCGCCUGCCACUCACCUGCAACCCCAGGGAGCCUGUCACCUUUGACCUGGACAUCCGCUUCCAGCAGGUGAGUGACCCAGUGGCGGCCGAAUUCAGCUUGAACACCCAAAUGUACCUGCUCUCCAAGAAGAGCCUCUGGCUGUCGGAUGGAUCCAUGGGGUUCGGGCAAGAGAGUGAUGUCGCUUUUGCAGAAGGUGACACCAUUUAUGGCCGCGUGAUGGUAGACCCGGUGCAGAACCUCGGCGAUUCCUUCCACUGCAGCAUUGAGAAGGUGUUCCUCUGCACAGGCGCCGACGGCUACGUGCCCAAGUACAGCCCCGCCAAUGCGGAAUACGGCUGCUUGGCGGAUUCGCCUUCACUCUUAUACAGAUUUAAAAUUGUGGACAAAGCGCAGCCUGAGACCCAAGCCACCAGCUUUGGAAAUGUCCUGUUUAAUGCCAGACUGGCAGUGGAUGACCCCGAAGCCAUUCUCUUAGUGAAUCAGCCUGGAUCGGAUGGGUUCAAAGUCGACUCAACACCCCUCUUCCAGGUCUCCCUGGGCCGAGAAUGGUACCUACAUGCCAUCUAUACAGUGCGAUCCCAGGACAACGCUCAGCGAGGUAUUGGCAAAAGAAGCGUAGAGUACCAGUACCAUUCUCUGAGCCCCGCGAUGCCCCCGGCAUCCUCCACGAGCCACAAGAGGAGGGAGGUCAGGAGCACACCCCCGCUGACGUGGGAAAUCGGUGCUGAGAAGAACCGGGGCACAAACAUACUGCACAUCGCCCUGGACCGAGUCGACAAGAAGCAAACCCCACAGGGGAGAGCCCCACCCGAUGGUGUCCUGCCUCGUGAGCUCAGCCCCUCCCGCUCAGACAUCAGCCUGCUCACAGUCGUCGGAGGCUUCGCCGUGGGGCUGCUCGCUGUCGGCCUUACUGUCAUUGCAGUCCUGAUGUGCAGGAGCAAAGGAAAGCCCAGGAGGAAGGAUGCUCCCAGUGGCUCAGGCAGCAGCGAGCCCAUGAUGCCGUCCCAGGGCCUCAGCAGUGACAGCUCAGAGGUUUGACCCCUGCACCUGGAACCCAAAAAUGUCCCAAGUGCCUCAAAAAAGACCACGGUGCACCCCCAAAGGCUUCAUUUGGGAAGCCGCCCAAGCCAUGAAGAAGCUGCCCCACAGGACUUGCCAAUACUCAUGUACUUUGAUUUGAAUUCCAUCUCCCUUUCCAUGCCUCAAAGGACACCUCUCUUCUCCCUGGCCCAGAAGACAGCCACGAUGUAUUCACACAAAUACAGAGCCACAGGUGACCAGCGAGGAACGUCUUUCUCGCUCCAGACAUUUCCUCCGUAUGGUGCCGGAGCUGGGCCUCUUUUAAGGUGCUACCAGACUGUCAACAUGUUCAUGAGAACAUUAUUAUGAUUGCUACAGAGUAUGAAAUGUGAAGGUGCAGCGAUCACUUGUUUAUGCAUUUGCUAACAGUGUAUGAUUCCAAAGUUCUAGUUGCUAGCCUGCCCGAAGGAUAAGCCUGCUAUUUAUUAGGACAAGGUAUCUAAUAGACACAGACCACAUAGAAUUAUGACCAGGGGUGCCUCCACCACCACCCCCAUCCCCCUAAAAACAUCUUCUCUACUUGAGAAAGCUGGAGGAGAGGAGAGGAAGGUAGAGAGGCAACAUGCUCGCAAGGGUUUGGUGUCUUCCUCAUUGUCCAUCGUCCCCCGGUUUCAUUUGCUCGUUCCCGUUUGUAUUGGACAACAGACUAUGUUCUGUCUGUAAGAGAUUGUUUCCGGAGCAGAGUGACUGCACGGUAAUAGUCCUUAUUGGUGCUCGAUGCUUGCGGGACAGGAGGCGGCUCGUGACAUUGUGGUAAUGAUGAAGUGCUGUCAGUUCUAUUCACAUUGACAGGACCAUGUUCUCUGGGAACUGAGCCGAACACAUGCUGGCAGCCUUGAUCCCAUGAGUGAUUAGGGGAAACGCGCAUGCAGAUGCGGAAGGGAGAAAGUCCUAUUUAUUAACAGGAUGGUGUUUAACCAGGGUGCCUCGCAUGCCUGUUUGAUGUCACAUGGGAACCUCCUGAGAGAUGUGGUCAGCCCUCGGAGUAGCCAUGUCCAGAACCUCAGGCCGCCCUAGCCCUACUCAUGGCCAUCAAGUCAGUGUACAGUUGUUCUCGAUGGCUGUGACCUUUCGGGAGCAGAUUGCCAGGCUUCCCUUCCGCGGUGCCUCUGGGUAGAUUUGAAUAGUUAGUAGCCACACCCUGGAACAGGUGUGCCCCUUAGACUCCUAAGUGGGCCACAGCCCAUUGCUUUCUAAUCAGCAUUUGGUCCAAAUGAUGGGGUUGUCUGAAACUGUCACUCAGAAAUGGACGUGGAGCUGGCUAGGGCAUUGUCGAUCCCAUCCUUCUUUGUCACCAAAGAAAGCUCCCCAGGCCAGUGGACAAAGGCAGUGAGAUCCCUCUCCAGAUCUGAAAAAUACCUUUUGUGGCACAACUUACCAGUCACCCCGCAAAACCAAGGGGCUUGAGUGAGAUUCCCCUGACAGUUCCUCCAUUGACCCCCAACCAAACUCACUGGUGUGGAGUCAAUGCCGACUCUUGGGGAUCCCAUAGGACUAGGUGGAGCUGUGCUCCCUGAGGAUUUAUCAGACUGUAAUGCUGCACCAGAAUAGAACUCCUUGUCUUCCUUGCGAGCCGCAGCUGAUGGUUUCAAACUACUGACCUUAUGGUUAGCAGCCCUACACAUAACCACUAUACCACAGGCACGGGCUUUUGUUGGUUGUUGGGUUUGGGUUUUUCACCAAUGGGCAAAAGGGCCGUUUGCAAGGAGAAAAGCCCAGUAGUUC